AUAGAGAACCUUUUUGAGUUCUGCAACGAAAAGAGGAUGAGACUUUCGAUCGAAAAAGUUACACAUCCAAAAAUACAGAUCCAAAACUUUGGAAAGACCCUGUGUUGAACUUGUGGGCGGCACAUAUCCUUAUAUUGUGUUGAGUUUUGUGAAGUGAACUGUUCUGCAAACACAAGUGAAUUGGACUGUGUUGUGUUCUGUGAAGUUAAGUGGUUUGUCACAACACAAGUGAACUGUACUGUGUUGUGUUCCAAAAUUGCAACCAAAAUACUAAGCUAAUAUUUUGGUUGCAAUCACCUAUUGCAAUCCUUUUUAUCGAACUAUUGUGAAGACUUUAGUUUUAUUAGGUCAUUAGGUUUUUAAUCCCGAAUGUUCCACAGGGGCAUAGUGGGGUUUUUUUCUACUCAGCACAGUGCCGCGCUGAGUUCUGCAACCUUCGAACUGCCACUUGUCGCACGCUAUCAUGGAGAAGAACUAGAAUCACGAUAGCUCCAAGGGGAGACGAGGGAUUUCUUUUUUUGCCGUGUCUUCAAUGCAAAGGGACAUUCAUCGCGUCUUCUCAUCGACCGCAAUGCAACGACUCUGUCACCACUUGCUGACGCUCUUGAAUCGAAAUCAGUACACCGUUGUGGCCUACUUUCGCCGGUGCACACUCCUGUUGACAACGGGAUUUUCCCCGAAGACUCGCAGGCAUUUCAACUUCAGUGUAAUCGUUCUAGAGGAUAGUCAACAUCAACAGCAACAUCGUACCGUUUCUGUGCACCCCCCGCUUUGGCAUCUACAAAUUGCUCGGACCUCGCUCACUAUCUUUAAUUGUCACAUCGAGUGCGUGACUGCGUAGGUGAUUGUGGAUUGCGUUCAGUAAACCGAACGCAAUGCGCAAUCACGUGCACAGUCACGAUGCUUGAGCAGCGAACGAUAGUUGGCCGCUCAUGUUUUGCACGGGAUGAGUGGAGAAAUCCGAUACGGUAUUUGAAUCCAACUUUUGGAUCUUUACUAAAAAAAACAUUUGCAAGUCUCAUGAAUUUGCGAUAGCUCGUGAUUCCAUGAAAGAAAGCGUACAACAAGUAACGGUUUCAAGGUCAGACUUCAGCGUCUAGUAGUUCUGGUAGAAAAAAGCCACACAAUGCACUCUGGAGCUAUGAGGAGUGAAAGUGACCCAUGGUAGUCGAACUAAUGUCUACACCUUGUGUACUAUAGUUUGAUGAGAAGGAUUCAUGAGUGCGAGCUGCAGUUGGACAAAGUUCUGAAUAGCCGAUUGCGUAGAAAUAUUAGCUCAGUAUUUCGACGCGAGCUAUAGUUGGACAAUGGUGUCAAUAGGUGAUUGAAUAAAAUAUCGUCUCAAUAUUCAACGCAAUCUGUUUGGUUUAUCGAAAAAUUCUAGCAUCGUAGAGAGCGUGUGUUUUGUAUAAUGGUUAGACUUGCAUUUCAAUUAGCAAGUAGUUAUGAAGCAAGUAAAUAAAAAUGGCCUCUAUUUGGAGCAUGUGACGAGUUGG